GGGCUCAUCUAUCUACGCGUUAUGUUGAAGCGUACUCGCACUCAGGCGAAAGCUGCCGCAAAGACUGCAUCCGUUGCUGAGGCGCAGGAUGACUUACUGUCUGACGACUUUGAAAUCAACGACGAGUCAGCGGAUGAAGGGAGUGAGCAUGGAUCUGAUAUUCCAGAGGAAGACAUCAAGCGCGCGAUAGAGGCCGCGAUGCGUGGUGAGAUUCUUGAAGAUGAGGAAUUGGAUAGCGAUGAGCUUGUUCCGUUGUCUGACGAGGAAGACGUUGGUUCCGAGCAGGAGGCUAAGGAGGAGGAUGACGCGAGCAAAGCUGGCAGUGAAGAUCCCUCAGAGGAGGACCCUGAUGUCGAUGAGCUCGUCUUCACUGAUUCUGACGACUCUGAAGAUGGCGAUUCCCUUUUUACAGUGACAGGUGCCGAUGGUGAGCCGAGAAAGAUGCGACCAGAGAUCCAGGCCGGUUAUGAAAGUGAUUCAUCUACAGAGGAAGCAGGCAACACUGUGGGCAACAUUGACCUUGCUCUCUACGACGCUCUUCCUCACUUGGGCUACGACAUCAAUGGAAAGCGCAUCAUGCGCCCAGCUGUUGGUAAAGCGCUCGAUGCACUUCUGGAAACAAUGGAAGGCAGCGAGGGCUAUACUGGCAUCACAGACCGCAAUACUGGUCUCGAUGUCAAACUCUCCGAGUCAGAGCUUGACAUCAUCAAGCGCAUCAAACGUGCAGAGAUGCCAGAUGCCGAUUACAAUGCAUAUGAGGACUACGUCGAUUACUUUUCAGGUGUCGUGGAGCAGUCUGCGCUCUCUGGUGCAACAGAACCCAAGAGUCGUUUUGUACCCUCCAAGCACGAGCAAAAGCGUGUCAUUCGCAUUGUGCGCGCUAUUCGAGAAGGCCGCAUUGUCCCCAACAAGCCGGUGUCGACACAAUCAGACAAUAAGCGCCUGCAGCACUACGAUGUGUGGGAGAAUGAGGUAGCUGUGCCUGACCACAUUAUGAACAUUCCUGCACCAAAAAUGUCUCUGCCAGGCCAUGCAGAAUCUUACAACCCACCCGCUGAGUAUUUGCCCUCGAAGGAGGAAGAAGAAGCAUGGCUCGCUGCAGAUCCUGAAGACCGCGAUCGUGACUUUAUGCCCAAGAAGUUUGCCAGCUUGCGUGUUGUCCCUGGCUACAGCGACCUCCUCAAAGAACGCUUCGAGCGCUGCCUGGAUCUCUACCUGGCGCCGCGUGUUCGUCGCAACAAGCUCAAUAUCGACCCAGAGUCACUCGUCCCCAAACUUCCCUCUCCACAAGAUCUGAGGCCCUUCCCAACCAAAUGUUCGCAUAUCAUGCGCGGACACACGGGCCGGGUUCGUUGCUUGCAUGCGUCACCAGAUGGCAAUUUCCUGGCGACUGGUUCAGAUGAUGGAACCGUCAAGUUUUGGGAGGUGCUGACGGGUCGAUGCCUGUCGAGUGUGCCGAUGCCAGAAAAGGAGCCCGUUCUCGCUGUACGAUGGAGUCCAAACGCCAAAGUAGGACUCUUGCUGGUCAGUGCCGGCGAGUAUGUCUACUUGAUGACGCCACCGCUUCUCUUCUCUGAUGAAAUUGAGAUGGAAACAAAGCAAGCGAUUCAAACGGGCUACGCCUACCAAGCACAACAAACCCAAACGGCAGCCAAGAAGGAACCGCCAUGUAAGUGGCUCAAACCCACAGACUCACAGCAAGACCAAGGAUUCUUGCUCGUCUUGGCUGUUCGCAAGCAAAUUAAACAAGUGGAUUGGCACCGCCGUGGCGACUACUUUUCAACAGUAUGCCCUGAUGGCAGUGCGUCGGGUAUUUUGAUUCAUCAGAUGUCAAAGCACGCAUCUCAAGCUCCUUUUGCAAAGACCAAGGGCGCCAUCCAGUCGGUUCUCUUCCAUCCGACGAAGCCAGUCUUGUUUGUUGCUUCACAGCGAUACAUUCGCGUUUAUGACCUGCAAAAGCAAGCAUUGCAACGCACAUUACAAUCCGGUGUGCGCUGGAUCAGUUGCAUGAGCAUACAUCCCGGUGGCGACAAUUUGAUAAUUGGCUCGUAUGACAAGAAGCUUGCCUGGUUUGACUUGGAUCUCUCACCGAGACCUUACAAAACCCUCAAAUACCACACGAAGGCUGUGCGAGCGGUACAGUAUCACGACAGAUAUCCGCUGUUUGCCAGCAGUGCAGAUGACGGCACGAUUCAAUGCUUCCAUGGCCAGGUACACAGUGAUCUGAGCAAGAAUGCGCUCAUUGUACCACUCAAGAUUCUCAAAGGACAUGCUGUAGAGCAGAGCCUGGGUGUUUUGGAGAUUUGCUGGCACACCAAGCAGCCUUGGCUAUUUAGUGCAGGUGCUGAUGGUACUGUGCGUAUGUGGACAUAGUUUCUCAAUUGUGAGCUGUUGAUAUCAUACUGCCGGCCUCUCUCGAGGCACUUUUAGAUAUAUGAUUGUGUAUAUAUGAUGCUAUCGAAC